AUGCUGAAUAUCAUUGGCGAUAAAGAUAGCUUGUUCGAAAUCCUCACGUUGGCUGAUGACAAUAAUACCGGACAGGGUCAAGUUGUGCUGCGAUCGAACACGCCCGACGGCAGUGGCCAAUCACUAUCAGCUCGUAAACUGGGCGCGAUUUCGUGUAGCGGUCGUGCGGUCAGUGAAACCGAGUCUCCCGCCUCGACCGACGUAUUCCGUUUGUUGUUGGUGAAUCGACCUUCCAUAGUAUUUCUAUCCAUGCUCACUGGAGGCUUCAUUUCGCGUGGAAAGCAGACCGCAUUGGAUUGUUCCGGUACAACUUAUGAGCCGUUUAUCCUCCGGGCCACGAAGCGCAGUACCUAUCAGUUUUUCGCGCGUGGAGCACAGUCGGGUUAUUCCAUGUGGACUGCUUGUUCCGAUGGUUUUCUGCACCUGAAAACAACCAACCGUUCACCGGACGAUGAGUCUGAACCUGAGGUUCUCGAACCCGGAACUGAGUUUCUAUUCUAUUUCCUUGGCAACGGCAGAACUUUGAUACGUUUAGCUACCGAAGCAUUUCCUGGACUGUGCUUGUUGAAAGCUGAGGCCAAAGGUGAAGUGAAGUAUGACGUGACCGGGGAGAUCUUCGCCAAUUACAUUUGGGAGAUAUAA